AUGUUGGUUCCCACCGAGUUGGCUAAGGUCGAGAAGUUCGUUGCGGGGCUCAACUACGAAACCAGGAAAGCUUUGACAGUGAGCAAGCCUAGGACGCUCAAUGAGGCCUAUCUGAGCGCAACAGAUCUGUACCGAGUGCAACAGCUUCAAAGGGGAUCCAAUGAGUUGGCUUGGAAGAGAAGCGAAGGGAGUGGAUCUCAAAGUUUCAAGAGGCCAAGGCAAGAUUUUAGAGCAAGACCCGCACCUCCUCAGUCUCAAGGAUCGACUCGGGUCGAAAGUGGGGAAAAGGGGAAACCCUUCGGAUGUAGGAGAUGUGGUAAGGAGCACAUCGGGAAAGAUUGUCAAGGUAAAGCGCUCCAGUGCUUGAAGUGUGGAAAGGGAGGCCACAAGGCGCUCCAGUGCUUCAAGUGUGGAAGGAGAGGACACAAGGCUUAUGAGUUCCAUCUCGAGUCUGACCAGGGAGCUUUGCCAUCUAGCACCAGAUCCGGCGGACCAUUAGGAGGGAGUUCCAGUCGUGGCUAG